AUGACGGCGACAGCAGCAACAGGGCAGACCACCUCCGAGGUCGAAGCCUCUUUUCUCCGAUGGUUCCGCCAGUCAGGCGGUGCACUCGACUCUCGCUGCCGAAUCCAGCCCAUCCCUGGUAUGGGAAGAGGCAUGAUCGCCAAAGCACCCAUCGACGUCGGCGAGACCAUCUUUGCCAUCCCUCGUCACGUCUUGCUCAACCUGGCCACAUCGACGCUCUCACAGAGGUGUACUGAAGCUGAAGCAUCAUCCCCUUCUACUAGCUCAGAUGAGCUGACCUGGAGCCACAUCAGCAAACAGGGAUGGCUCCCACUCAUCCUCGCCAUGAUGUACGAGCGAAGGAGAGCAGCUCGAUCUUCAGCGUCCACAGAAAGCGGCGCUCAAGAUGGCGAUGUAUCGAUGGAGAACAUCGAGGCUUCAUCCUCGUCAAGUCUAGGACAGCUCGAAGGCACAGACGCCGAAGGCUCGGUAUACCGCGAUGCCCCCCGCCCACACGGCGAACAAAAUUGGGGUGCCUACUUUGACAUUAUGCCGACCGACUUCAGCACGCCCAUGUUAUGGCAACAAGAUGAUCUGAAACAUCUCUCGGGUACUUCAAUCGCAGACAAGAUUGCGCGAGAUGAAGCCGAGGCCGACUACCACAACAAGGCGGUUCCUUUCAUUCGUUCGCUGCCCGGCGUAUUCCUGGAGGGAGCGUCAGAAGGGCAACAAGAAGCGGAGAUGCAGCAAUGGUACUCGCUUGACACCUACCACAUCAUGGGCUCCAGGAUAUUGAGUCGCAGCUUCCAUGUCAAGAGUCGCAAGAAGGGCCUGGACGGAAAGACGGUCGACAUGGAUGAUCUCGAUGAUGAUGAUGACGACGACGAGCCCGAAGCAGAGGUGCUCGACGACGAGGGAGAAGGGGAAGCGGAAGUGCGCGAGGUGGACACGACAAGGGACGGAGACGAGACGAGAGACGAUGAUGAUGCCGAGGAUGGCGACAGCGAUGAUGAUGACAGCGACGACGACGAAGACGAAGAAGAGCAAGAGAAUGUGAUCGACAUCUCCAUGACGCCUAUGGCCGACAUGCUCAAUGCUCGGUUCGAAUCCGACAACGCACGUCUCUUCUACAAGUCGCACGUACUAGAGAUGCGUGCCACCAAGCCAAUCGCUGCGGGCGAGCAGAUCUUCAAUACGUACGCCGACCCACCCAACAGCGAUCUGCUCCGUCGCUACGGUCACGUCGACGAGCCCAACGGCAGCGAUGUGGUCGAGCUCGAUGCCAAGCUCAUCCUACAGGCAGCCACCACCCAUCUCUCUUCGAUCCUCUCGUCGAGCGCAGAAGAGAUCCGCAAAGACCUCGAAGAGCGACUCGAAUGGGCCUGCUCCUCGCUCGGCAUCGAUGAAGUGUUCAUCCUCAACUACCUUUUCACUCCGGCCAAACAGGCGCCGCACCGUGCGCAACCUGAGCGGCCGAUACCGAAAGAGCUCAAGGCGGCAGCAACCGGCGGUGGCAUCUCGGAGGAGAUGAUCGCGCUCACCCGAGUGCUCUGUCAGUCGCGGGAGACGUUCGAGAAGGCGAAAGCGAAAGGCAAAGGUCCGAGCGCGCGGGUCGAGGCGCAAGAAGAGCACGCUACCAAGUCCAGGCCAGUACGCAUCGCCAUCAGCCAGAUUAUGAUGGACGCCAUCGAUCUGCGACUGAAAGAGUAUCCGAACGGCGCCGCUGUGGAGGAAGAAGAGGCUCGAUUGUACGGAUCGAGGAAGGAAGAGGUUAGUGGGGAGAACGAGCGCCGCGCGCUGGUCGUCCGACUGGGCGAAAAGCGGGUGCUCCUGGAUCAGAAGCGCGUGCUCAAAUACGUGCUUGACAAGAUUCAAGAGGCCGAAAAGGAGGCAGCCAAGGCGAAGAACGCCAAACAGGACGCUGGCAAGCGCAAAGGUGGCAGCAGCUCCAACGGUAGCGGUAACAAGAAGCAUCGUCGAUGA